CCAAAUCAGUCAUCUGCAAGAGUUUGGUUGAGGCGGAUGCUCAAGUCGCUUCAGAAGAGCUCUGCGCGUUUGAACGGAAGCCAGAGCGUAUGAUGCACCUGGAGGCUGGCGAGGUAGAAGAACUGCAGGCGGAACCACAUUUCAAGAAGGCGAGGCAGGACAUGGCAUGUUUGUACAGGGAUGCGCGGAAGAAGAACCUGAAGUUAAAAGAGGACAAAUACGGAGGAUUUGGUCUGUUCAACCAGACGGGCAGGAAGAUCAAGCCCAGACUGCAACCUCUGGACGAUCCUGUGGGCGUGCAGAAAGAGAUCCCGUCUGAGUUGCUGGGACAGAUCUCCGAUUUGUCUGUCAUCGUGGGCUCCAGUGUGCAGAAGAAGGAACAUGUCCUGCUCGGACCAUUAAGGUAUGUGAACCACUCGUGCUCCCCCAACACAGUGUACUUCACUGGCUGCACACACUACCGAGUGACCAAGCACUCAAUUGUGCGGCUGCAAGUGGUCCAGUGCAUCGAGCAGGGGGAGGAGAUCACGGUGGAUUACGGGCAGCCGUUUUUCCGAGAUGGCGGCUUGAAGUGCCAGUGCCCACAUGUAGAGAAGCACCCCCAGGAACCAGAGGAGGGAGAGGGAGAGUGUCCCAGUCGAGAGCGAGGAGGCCACGAAGAGGACCAGUCGACAGAGCAAGAGGAGUUAGUGGUCACUGCGAGUAAGCAGCCGAAGCAACCCCAGGAACCAGAGGAGGGAGAGGGAGAGUGUCCCAGUCGAGAGCGAGGAGGCCACGAAGAGGACCAGUCGACAGAGCAAGAGGAGUUAGUGGUCACCGCGAGUAAGCAGCCGAAGCACCCCCAGGAACCAGAGGAGGGAGAGGGAGAGUGUCCCAGUCGAGAGCGAGGAGGCCACGAAGAGGACCAGUCGACAGAGCAAGAGGAGUUAGUGGCCACCGCGAGUAAGCAGCCGAAGCACCCCCAGGAACCAGAGGAGGGAGAGGGAGAGUGUCCCAGUCGAGAGCGAGGAGGCCACGAAGAGGACCAGUCGACAGAGCAAGAGGAGUUAGUGGCCACCGCGAGUAAGCAGCCGAAGCAACCGGAUGUGAGCGCCACGGUCAAGGCAGCUGCUGAGCUGAUCCGGCGGACCCUGUGGUACCCGAAUCAUCAGUCAAAGGAGGGGGAGGCUGAAGAGAGUGAAGAGGCUGCUUUGAUUGCUGAAAUCUGUUUGAGUGUUCUUGAACAGGUGAAGGCGGUCGAUACAGUCGAGGAUCUCUCAGUGAAGAUAAGUAUCAUCGGUGACAAAAUGGUUAGAGUUCAAGUGUCUGUAUAUGCCAUCAGGGAAUUCGAACUGACUCUUGAAUGGGACGUCUCCGAGCAAUCCAUGAAUGCCUGCAUCAAUUCCCAGCCAGUGCGCUGGAAGCGUAAGAGUUCUGAAUCCAGCUGGCGGGCCAAAUGUCAAGUGAGCGAGGAUCUUGUGCUGAAGACGACUGAGGGUUCUUCCCGUCCAGUAGACGCCCUCACUCAGUUGCUGGUUCGCUUUGCGCUCCACGCGGAUUGUUUCAUACCCUGAUCACAGUCCAGUGACCGAAUCAGCAGCACCUGCAAAUAAGUAGAUCAUUAAAACGUUUCUGCCGAUGUACUCGAGAAGAAUGCUUGUUUUGUGCCAAGCCAAGAAGACGUGACUCGGGUGUUGCAGCACAUCUUGGAUGCAAUUAAUCGACAUAACUUGGCAC